UGUCACUUCUCGUGUGUCUCAGUGUGGAUCGAUCUGAUCCUCCCGACGUUCCUCUCAUUUGUAUUUCGCGACUGGCUGCAGCUUGUGCUGCUGCUGCUGCUGCUGCUGCUGCUCUGCUGCUGCUGCUCAUACGCAAUCCCUGGAUAGGUGGUUGCCAUGGAUUCCUGGGUCACAUGCGUGGGUUUCCUGUAGCCAGAAGCAGCAGAAGAUGCUUGGACCGAAAAAAACCCAGAGCCAUUUUCAUUCAAGGAAAAGAGAGGAUCCGCUGUCGUUGCCUCGCUGACCGGGCGGCCCGACUACACCCGUCUGCAGAAUUCUCUCUCUCUCUCUCUCUCUCCCUCUCUCUCUCCCUCUCUCUCUCUCUCCCUCUCUCUUUCUUUUCGAUUCCAUCUGUGCUUUGGAUUGUUCACAAAUUUCGCAGCAAAACCGGUUUAGUCCACAUCCAUAGACUGAGAACAGGAAUGAGUAUAGAAAUUCCCGAGGGCCUGACGGAGCUGUUACAGAGCUUUACCGUGGAAGUUUUGAGGAACCAGCCCCGGGAUCUGCUCGAGUUCGCCCUACAGUACUUCACCCAGCUGAGGGACCGCGAGACCAAAGGGGCCUCGUUCGGCAAUGAGCGAAAUUCGGCCCCAAGACCCGGGAAAGCGGUCAACUUCAUUGACGAAGCCAUGCAAAUCGACUCGGAAAACGGAGAGGAGGAGGAGGAGGAGGACGACGACGACGACGACGAGGAAUUCAUAGCCCCUGUAAUGAACAGAUUCAUCAGAAGAGCAUCAGUGUGUGCUGAAGCGUUCAAUCCUGAUGAAGAUGAGGAGGAUAAAGAGCCAUGGGUCACCCACCCAAAGACCGAUGAGCAGAGACAGAGACUACAGGAAGCGUGUAGGGACAUUCUUCUGUUCAAGAAUUUGGAUCCGGAAGAGAUGUCUCAGGUGCUGGACGCCAUGUUUGAGAAGUUCUGUACGGAAGGGGAGCACAUCAUCGAGCAAGAUGGUGAUGGGGACAAUUUUUAUGUCAUUGAAAGUGGGAUGUUUAACAUUUUCAUGAAGGUCGAUGGCACAGAGAAGCAGGUUGGCUGCUAUGACAACAGAGGCAGCUUUGGAGAACUAGCAUUGAUGUACAACACCCCCAGGGCAGCCACCAUAAUCGCCGUCUCACCUGGAGCCCUUUGGUGCCUAGAUCGUCUGACAUUCAGGAGGAUCAUAGUGAAGAAUAACGCCAAGAAGAGGAGGCUGUAUGAGGCGUUCAUUGAAACGCUGCCAUUGCUCACGUCGUUAGAGCUCUCUGAGAGAAUGAAGGUUGUAGACGUGCUGUCCACCAAGGCGUACAAUGAUUCACAGCAGAUUAUUGCUCAGGGGGAUUUAGCGGAUUGCUUCUACAUCGUCGAGUCUGGCCAAGUUAGAAUCACCAUGAAAAGAAGCAGAACGAAAAAAGACCAGGAGGAUGAGGAGCUGGAUAUUGCCACAUGCUUUAGGGGCCAGUAUUUUGGGGAGUUGGCGCUUGUCACAAACAAGCCCAGAGCUGCGUCGGCAUACGCUGUGGGAAGCGUCAAAUGCUUGGUCAUGGAUAUUCAAGCCUUCGAGAGAUUGCUGGGCCCGUGCAUGGACAUCAUGAAGAGGAACAUUGCUAACUAUGAGGAGCAGCUAGUUACCCUGUUUGGAAAUAGCCCGGAGAUUGAGCAACAAAGUGCAUAAGAUGGCUCCAAUGCCAAUGGACUAUGAAUCAAUGGAUGGGGGGGAAAAAGGCUUGUGUGGAUGUUUUCCCCCAUUAUCACUUAAAUGGCUUUUCGUACAAGAAAUGUGAAUACCCACAACAAUAAUUGUGUGUCGGAUAAAUAAAACACACAGAUUCCCAUAUAAGACAAGGUUCAAUUCAGCAGAGUUUGUUAUGAGUAAAGUAAGCCAAAGCAGAGUUGCUUACAGCUUGUUUCAAUUAGAUUCCUCAUGAUUCUCACCUUAAAAGUGUAAGUGUACAUUUUACUUGUCAGUGUCAGAUAAAUUAUUUUAUAUGCUGAACAAUUUUGUCAACUCUCACCUUAUAUCCACAGUGUUAUAGUUACACCUAGAGUAUAAUAUUGUUUGUGAAUUUUUAAAUAUUGUUUGUUGAAACCAGAUGCCAAAGUUAAUUUCUUACUAGAUAAUUGCGAGCAAACAUGUCACUCUCUUAUCUUUUUUUUUUUUGGCAAGAGCACUAACACUUGCAGCAUGAGGUGCACUGGUACAAGAGCGCCUCCCUACAUGAGAAAGGAUAAACAAUUUGUAAAGGAAGUUCAUUUGAUUCUGUGUUUGAAUAGCAUCUUUCACAUUUUGAUCAGAAGAGAAUCACAAAUAUACAUUUAGUUGAUCAUAAGAUAUAAUCCCUUGAAUAUGCGUUCAUAAACAAUGUAUAUCAUUGUUGCAAAUUGUUUGUGGCUGUUAGCCUAAUGCUUUUGAAAAAACAAACAGAAAACAAACUUCAGAGAGAUAGCUGAUAGUUUUGUAAGAAUAAACAACACGUUGCUCUGAAAUUUGAAAAAGAGUAUUUGCUGUUAAUGUAUAGGCUCACCUUUAAUAUAAUUAGUCACCCCGCUAGACUGUAGCAUUAUAGGCAACGUCUUGACACAAAUGAUUUUUUCUGUUUUUUUAAUGUUAAAUUAAAGUCUGUUUUUGUGUCGGUGAAACAUGUUUUAUGAUUGAUAACAUUCAUUGUUGCUGUCUAUCUCUGCCAACAACUUAUACUUUUUGGAAACACAUUCAUGUGCCCUCUCAACAGGAAUCUAAAGUGGGUCCUCUCUCUCUCCCCCUUCCCCCUAUUUCUUCUUCUCUCUCCUUCUAAAAUGAAUAAUUAGUCUGUAUUUUGUCUGUGGUUUGCUGCAGCUUUAACUAUUUGAAGCUGAUUUGACAUUUAAACAUUCUAAAUUUAUUCCUCCCCCUUUUGUGCAGGUUGUAGGCUAGUGGUAAAUUCUGAGGGCAAACCCAUAAAAUACUGGAUGACAGUACUGAGUGUUUCACUUUUCAUGACAAUAAAUACAUUUUUUUUUACA